GGGUGACAGCUGUAUAGGAGGUUUGAGCUGAGCUGUUAGUCUGGAUAUCGCCGUCGCUUUGGAUUUUUCUUUUGUAAAAGAAGAAACGUAGAAAUGAAGGCAAUUAGUCCUGUUCGCUCGUUGAGAAGCUGCUACGAAGCUGUGUGUUGUAUUUCGGAGCAGAGUUUGUCCAUUAGCAGGAGCCGGAGUCCAAGCGAGGAGCAGGUCGGCACUCUGAACGACAUGAACGACUGUUACUCCCGUCUGAAGGAGCUGGUUCCGAGCAUCCCACAGAAUAAAUCCGUCAGCCAGAUCGAGAUCCUACAGCAUGUCAUUGACUACAUUUUCGAUCUCCAGAUAGCGCUGGAAAGCCCUACAGGCGCUCCGGACAUGCUGAUGGCACUCAAGAGCUCAGAGAUCAAGCACAGUCUGUCCAAAGAAAGUGAUGGAGCUCUGUGCCAUUAGAAGGGAGCGCGCGCAUCACGCUGUUUCUUCCAUUGGUGCAGGACAGAAACUUCUCCACUCAUGGACAAGAGAGAAAGGGAGUGAAGGGCCUGAACACACACACACACACACACACACACACACACACACACACACACACACACACACACACACACACACACACAAGGAGUGCAGCUAUUCAGAGUGUGGGAAAAGAACCUGCACUCCACUCGAACCAUGCAGUCUUUGGUCACUGGACACUUGAACACACCAAAGCUGAAGAUUUCUGAAGUUUGGAUGGAAAGCUCUCUUAUAAAGUGUUUUUUUUUAAUACAAUCAUUUUUCUUUUUGUGAUGCUACAAUCAGGCAUUAUGUAUUGCUGACUGGUUACAUUCCAAGCUAUUAAGACGACACACACUUUACAUUCCCUCUCUCUCUCUCUCUCUCUCUCUCUCUCUCUCUCUCUCUCUCUCUCUCUCUCUCUCUCUCUCUUGGUUACAAAUGGACAUCAAUUUAUCAAAUUAUUGGUAUCGUUCGAGUAUAUGUAUAUAUUCUUUUUUUUUUUGGUGGGGUAUGUAUGGAUUAUAGACAGAUUAUAAUGUGAACUCUAUAAAUAUAGAGUGAAUUGUAAAUGUUUGUGGGGAUUUUACAUUUCUGCAGACUUUAAAUGUAUCUGCUGAGUUUUAUAAACUCUUAUCAGUUGUGUUUUGUAUACAUUCACUUUUUUUGCAUAAUGAAAUAAAUCACUUGAAGAAAAUGAA